AUGCAUUCAAAAUCUGACAGUGGGAACCAAGUGGUUUCAGAGGUGAAUCAACCGUCGUCGUCGUCUAUAAAUAGUUUAAACCCGUGGCAUCGCGCUGCUGCUGCCUGUAAUGCAAGCUCUUUUGUGGAAGGUGGAGAUAAGUCUUCCAAGUUAAUAGCAUUGGAAAACCAAAAUGAUUCGGAAUCAAACGGUUCCAAGUCACCAUCUAAUAGAUAUGCGAAUGUUAACAAGGAAUCACUAGCCACAACGUCUCCUCAGUCAGAUGGAGAUUACAGUGGAAAAAAUCAAGAACUUCUGCAUCCUGGCAUUACACAACCUCCUCACCCUCGACUUGUUGCCCACUCAGUGGGAUGGGCUUCCUCAAAUCCAUACCAGGAUCCAUAUUAUGCGGGAAUGAUGGGAGCCUACGGACAUCAUCCCUUGAGUUUUAUUCCAUACGGUGGGAUGCCUCAUUCAAGAAUGCCACUGCCUCCAGAGAUAGCACAAGAGCCAGUUUACGUGAAUGCUAAACAAUACCAGGCGAUUCUGAGGCGAAGGCAGGCACGCGCCAAGGCAGAGCUAGAGAAGAAGCUAAUCAAAUCCAGAAAGCCUUAUCUCCACGAAUCUCGGCAUCAGCAUGCUAUGAGGAGGCCAAGGGGUACUGGAGGAAGGUUUGCAAAGAAAACAAACACCGAAGCUUCACAGCAAAAAGCUCAAGAAAAGAGUAAUAAUGCUUGUCUUACUCAGUCCCCAACGUCAUCUAAUUCUGAUCAACCUGAAGCGAGGAAUGAAGAGUAUAGAACACAUCAGGGACAAGAUGAGAUGCAGAGCUCAGCUUAUAAGAGAAGGGAAGAAGGAGACUGUUCAGGGCAGCAAUGGAACAGUAUUUCUUCAAACCAUCCUUCUCAAUCGCGUCUAGCCAUCAAGUGA